AUGUCCCUGGGAGUCAAACAGCUAUGGAGAGUCUUGUCGAAUCCCAAUGGCGCUCGCGGGCUCUCCCUGAUUCCUAGGGAGUGUACCCCAGCACUAGCUAGAGCAGCUCCCACCAGCAGCAGAUCGACUCUUCGCGCCCUCCACAGCCAAGCGCCGUCGCUUCCCGACCAGUCUCAAUCUACCGACGCCGAGUUCGAGGCCAACGAUGUGCGCCGGCGGCAGCACACUACUACUGAGGUACACGACUCUGGCGAAAACCCCGUCCCCGCCGCGCAAACUCCAACAGAACCAUCACGAGCAUCACCACCACCACCACUACCACUACCCCGAGAAGAAGCUCAGGAACAAACUCAAACACAGGCUCGGGACGUCCAGGAUAAGCAGGAUGGUUUACCUCCGGUCAAAAAGGCCAAAACGGCCAAGUCGGCCAAACCUAAACGAGGCCGAGGCUCUGGCCUGGUCAACCGUUUGGCCAAGGUUCCUGUCCGCGCCCAUCCGGUGCUCGAAUCCGUCUUCGUCAGACCCGUCACCGAAUAUCCCGACCAGUACGAGACACGAGGGAGCGUAAGGACACACAUGAAGGAUAACCACCGUCAAAAGAUGGUCAUGGGAACGAGGGUACCUACCAAUCGAACGGACUGGCGCGCCGUUCUUCGUAAUCUCCUUCAAUCGACACCCAUGUACCUCCCCGAGCAGUUCGCCGACAACGUCAAGGUCAUCAUACCCCGCGAGACGGCGCCCCGGCUCUUGUCCGACAGCGAGUACAGUGUGUGGGAUAUUAAGUCUCGGACCAACUGCGGGAUGGUACUAUACAGGGCUGGGGACGCCGGUUAUGAGGAAGGGACUGAGGACCAGCACCCGUACCUGAUCAUCUGGGGCCAUCACCACUCGGUCAACACCGCCAUUGACGAGAUUUUGGGCGUGACAAGGAAGGUCACCAUCAUCUCCCGAACCGAAGGCACGGAGAAGGUACUAUGGAACGGCAAAGGGGACGGCAAAGACUUCUUCCUCCGUGCGCCCAUCGUGUUCGUUUCCGCCCACCGCACACCCUCUCAGCUGGCGCCUUACCACGUGAACAUCCGCGCCGACGAGUUUCCCAAACCCGAGGAAUGGACCCGCAAGACCUUUGAGGAAUACGUCGACGCCCUGAUCAAAUCCCGCAUGCCCUCCGCCCUGGCCUCCAAGCUCUACCCCGAACACGGCCGGCACGAAAUGGCCGUCAUCGAACAGCUUGUCGCUGUCUUCAACGACGAAGUCGCCGCCCAGUUCGUUACCAACGCGGCCUUCAAGAUGGCUCUGCACUACAUGACCCGCGGCGGCGAGACCUGGCGUCCCGAGGUGCUCUCCAUGUUCAACUACGCCCAGAGCGGACGCGUGCGACUGGACGUCGGAGUCUUCAACAUCCUCGCCGAAGCGGCCGUCAAGACCCGCUCGUUGUAUCGCUUUAGCGCAGUUUUGUACCUGUUGGUCACGCGCGGGUACCAGCCCAACCUACGCACCUGGAUUUUGUUCCUCCGCAUGUUCGAAGCCGAAGAGGUCAAGCGCUACGUUUUGCAAGCCAUGCACGACAGGGGGCUGUUCAACGCCCGCGGAGCGCUGCGCAUGGUCGCCGACGAGAUGGCGCCCCACGAUGCGUACCGCGCCGUUCAGCUGGGUUGGGACGUACCCACCUUCCUGGCCAAGCAGGACGAACUCUACGGCGCCAACAGGAAAUGGGUCUCCAUCGACGCGCUCAACAAGAUCUUCCACGUGUUUGGUUCCUACUCAAUGUUCGCCGAGAUCCGGCAGUUGCUCGAUCUAGUCUUCGCCGGCAAGCUGAUUGCGUACCCGGAUCACGUCACGGUCAAUACCAUUCUUGCGCACUGCAAGGCGCAGAAGAAACUGGAUUUGGCUGUCGAGUUCAUCCAGCUGUUUGAGAGUCACCGCGCCAAAAACAACGAAACCCCGCUGAAGCUGGAUAAUUUGGCCUGCGACAUACUCUUUGACCUGGCUCACUGGCAAAAGAAGCCGCAUGUGCUCAGCACAAUCUGGCGGUAUGCCCAUCUUGUGAACUCUACAACCUUCGAUAUGCGACAGAAGGGGACUAUCCUGUUGAAGAUGGACGCGGCGAAACUAAAGGAGGAGAAGUCGGUGAGGAGACUCAAACUGGGGGAUGAAGAGAGGGUGCAGUUUGUGAGAAACCUCUUACUGGGCGAGUUUAUUCAGGCCAAUGGUGGCGACGAGGUGUUUGGGAAGAUUAUUGCUGGUAUUGCCAAGGGAGAGCAGGAACACCAGCGAGAGAUGGAAGAGAUAGCCGAACAGGAAGAGGAUGAUGAUGACCGAAUACCGUCCACGUUAGGGGAUUGGUUCCAAUCUCAGUCCCUCCUGGACCCCUCCUCCAGCCCGACAAUACCCCCGUCAUCAUCAGCAGCAUCAUUACCUGCCUCUUCCUCCAACCCCGACCACAUCCGCAGCCGCAUCCCUCAGCCCAAAUCACAAUCCUCCAGUGAACCAGAAUCACCAACAUGGGGCAACAUCUACGGCUCCUUCCGAUCCUGGUCCUUCGCCUCCAAAUACCUCUACCUCGAACCCUCCGCACCCAUCGGUUCCCUCCUCCAGCAAGCCCUCGACCGCGACCGCGAGCUUCACUUGGCCCUCCGGACAGACGGGCUCGACAGGCAUGCAAUUGAAGAGCUAAUGAAGCCGGUCGAAAUUCCGACAAAGUUAAGAACCAAACCGGCAUUCGAGGAGGUGAAGAAGUUAUUUGAAAGAGAGGGAGAGGUAACAAAGAGGGCGGUUAAGAAGGGUGGGGUAAAAGAAGGGGAUCGGGAUGGAGAUGAAGAGGUGCAAGAAGCGAUGGCGCUUGGACCGGUGGAUGGGCAGACGUUGGAUAAGUGGUUGAAUGGUGGUGGUAGUGGUAAUGAGGUUGCUCCUGCUGCUGCUAAGAACGCCCAUGUCGACGAGACGGCGGCGGCGGCGGCGGCGGCUAAGCCCAAUCCUAGUUCUCUAUCGGACGAUUCGAAGAAGGUUGUAGUGGAAGAACAAAAACAAGAACAACAACAACCCACGGCCGCGGCUGCUACGGUUGGGGCUGAGGUUGAGGUUGAGGUCGAGGUCGAGGCUAAGGGGUCACCAGAAAACAAAGUACAAGAAGAAGCUCGUAAGAGGGCUGAAAAGGAGCCAAUGACGACGACAAGCAAAUCCAAGACACCACCGCCACCAUCACCAGCGCCAGCAUCAGCACCAGCACCAACACAACCGACGACAUCACCACUCACAACAUCAUCACCAACACAACCGACGACAUCACCAUUAUCAACAAAGACCCCCACAAAAUCACCAACCAAAGAGAGAAAGACAAAAGAAGAAGCCGCCAGUCUCAAACUACGAUUUCCGUCUUCGUCGUCAUCGUCGUCAGGCAAGCGAGUCAAGUGGGAGGAUCUAGCAGAUCUCUAA